GUUGAAUCGUUUAAAAUAAAGAUUGAUAGUAGAAUCUUAAUACCAAACAGUGGAUAAUGAAAUAUGUGUUGAUGUACAGGAGUUAAAGCUGCUAUAAAAUUCUGAAAAUCGUCAUGUUAUCAAACAGUGAACACGUCCCUUUAAUACAAGAAUAUUCAAUACCUUGGACUCACCGGUGUAACGACUGACGGUGAUAACUUCAGCGCUGUGUAUCAAGUGUGGGUGAAGGAUGUAUUCUGCCUACCGGAAACUCUCGCCGCGACCGACCAUGGUCAUGAAGCAAAAUGUCUUGGUUUUCUACGUGAAUGGGACGAAGGUGAGCGACCCGGCCCCCGACCCUACCAUCACACUGCUGGCGUACCUGCGUAGAAAGCUAGGCCUACCGGGCACAAAAGAAGGAUGCGGCUCAGGCGGAUGUGGCGCGUGCACGGUGAUGGUGUCAUCGUAUGACGUCACAAAAAAGCAGAUAAAGUAUCCUUGCAUGAGGGAGAGAAAUUUAUAUAUUUUUUGUGUUUGCUUAAUAUAAACGUAUCAAAAAGGAGCCUCUAUAAACACACCCUUAAUUUAUUAAAAUAUAGAUAUACGUACCCCAGAACUAACUCAAAUGCAAGUGCUCGUGUCUGGUUCGAGUUUUUACGGGAAUAUUGUAGCAUAAAUCUGGCCGUAUUAAAUUGAAAAGGUAGAUCUUUUUUUUAUUAAAAAUAACCAUAAAUAUAAUUCAACAAAUCGCAAUGGAUAAGAGUGCUAAUAUGUCAUAAAAAGUAUGCCUGUGAAAUGUCAGCAACACCGUUACAAUGAACAAAAAACACGUCUAAUUAUAUACGUACGUGCAUGCAUUCCUAUUUCGUUUUCGGUUCGAUCUCCUUAACUGCAACCUAUGCACGUGGCUGUAAACGCUUGUCUCUACCCGCUAUGUGCCGUGCACGGGAAGGCGGUGACCACGGUGGAGGGGGUAGGCAGUCCAAAUACGGGGCUGCACGAGAUACAGCGACGCCUGAUUGAGCGACACGGUCUCCAGUGCGGGUUCUGCACCCCCGGAUUUGUCAUGUCCGCCUUUACCCUGCUUAGGAACGAGCCCCGUCCCUCUCGAGCUCAGCUAGAGCGCGCCAUACAGGGUAACCUCUGUCGGUGCACAGGCUACCGGCCUAUCAUGGACGCGCUGCUGACCUUCUCCGACGAGGAGUGCCCUAUGGGGGACCAGUGCUGUAAGAUACGGCGGGAAGAUGACACAGAUCUGCCUAUUCCUCCGAGAACACCAAUUGCCGACCAGGUUCCAAUUUUCCCGCCUGAAUUACAGCUCCCCAACACGUACGGCGACACACAGCUCGAGUUCUCCAACGGACGGAUCACGUGGUACCGGCCGGUUACCAUGGAGCAGCUGCUGUUGCUACGCGACAGGUUCCCGCGCGCACCUGUCGUCAUGGGUAACACGACUACUGGGCGCUACCUGCGUGCUGGUAAAUACGACGACGAGGGGGUGCUGAUAUAUGGUGGUGACAUACAAGAACUCCGGAAGAGUGCACUAAGUGCCGACGGAAUCUCAGUCGGUGCCGGGCUCACUGUCGCGGAAUUCGAAACGAAGAUUCGAGAACUCGAUUCCAGGAUUCCGGAUGCCAAAAAGGCGCAUAUUCGGUUGUUGUACGAAAUGUUUGCGAGAUACGCCGUGGAACAGAUAAGGAAUGUUGCGACAGUGGGCGGAUCCAUAGCUUGCGGUAGGAACGACUCGGAUUUCAACACCACUCUGCACGCCAUAGACGUCAACGUUGUCUUAACUAGCGAAAAGGGCGAGCGAACUGUGCCCAUUAGCAAGUUGAGUAUUGGUGAUGGUGAGGUCAUCAUUCGAGUUGUCAUCCCGUUUAGUGACAAGGAUGAAUACGGGGCCUUUUUCAAGCAGGCGGAGAGACGCUCGUUUUCUUUGGCUAUCGUGAACGCCGCCAUGACGGUGAGGCUGUCAGACGACAACCGGAUCCAGAGACUUAGGGUGUGUCUGGGCGGUGUAGCGAAGGACUCCGUACUGCACUUGGACCUCAGAAGUGUCGCAGACGGCAGGAUGUGGGAUGAGAGCUGCUUGCAUGGGGUUCUGGGAGCGCUCACGGCGGCCCUCGAGGCGGAGAACGGCCAUCCAAAGGACGCCUACAAGGUGGCCGUAGCAUCCGCUUGCUGGUUCAAGUUCUUCGUCAGCGUCAGGAAGCAGCGACAGCUUAUAGAUGCCAGUUCCUACGAGGAUCUAGUUCGACCGGUGUUCCAAGGUCCCUUUUACAGCAGUCAGACGUACGACUCGCCCGCCGACGCCGACCAGUCGGUCACCGACGCCGUCGGCAGAACCGUCAACGUCACUCACGCGGACUCAGCCGUCAGCGGGCGCGCUAUCUAUGUGGACGACAUUCCGGAAGAGAAAGACGAACUGUUCGUGGGUCUCGUACUCAGUAAGCGUGCGCACGCGCGAAUCGUGCACGUGAACCCUGCGCGUGCUCUGGCUUUUGAGGGCGUGACCGGCUACAUCGAUCACUCGGACAUCCCGGGCCGGGACGGGUACGGGAGCAUCGUGCCGGACCAGUUGGUGUUCGCCAAGGACGAGGUCCUGUAUUCCGGGCAACCAAUCAGCGGCGUGAUAGCCACUAGCCGCGAGAUCGCGCUGAGGGCCGCUGACAUGGUCGAAGUCCAAUACGAGGACUUGCCCGCCAUUCUGACCAUUGAGGACGCGAUCGCAGUGGGCUCAUACAUCGGUGACGCUAUAAAGAUGUGUGAGGGCGACGUGGAGGCAGCCCUGACCUCCGCCAGUUACACUUUCGAGGGCGAGUACGGCACAGGACUCCAGGAUCAUUUCUACAUGGAGCCCCAGGCCAGUGUUGCCCGGGUGCGCGAGGACAACGAGGUGGAGGUAUGUGUCACCACUCAGAACAUAGCCACUGUACAGGGUGCGUUGGCUAACCUCCUCGGGGUAACCAGCAACAAGGUCACGGUCAAGGUCAAGCGGCUAGGUGGUAGCUUUGGUGGCAAGGAUGUCAUCCCGGUUGCCAGUGCUGGGCCUGCCGCUAUAGCUGCCAAGAAGACUGGUCGUACCGUGAGGUGUGUUCUACCCAGGGAGGUUGACAUGGCGGUCCGCGGAAAACGGCACCCGUUCCUGGGGCGAUACAAAGUGGGCGUGUCAAUGGACGGGGUUUUGGAGGCGGUUGAUCUGCGACUGUACAGCAAUGGCGGCUACGCCAUGGACCUCUCCUUGCUGAUAAUGGAGUUGGCGGUGAUUGCCUGCGAAUCCGGGUACAAGGUUCGGAACCUGCGUGUUGAGGGCCGGGUGUGUCGCACUAACACUUCCUCCAACACCGCCAUGCGGGGUUUCGGCCACCCACAGAGCGCGUUGAUCAUGGAAGACAUCGUGGCCCGUGCGGCGGCAGUCACUGGCUUCACCCCCGAGCAGAUGCGGGAAAGAAACCUUUACAAAAGCGGUGACGUCACGCCAUACGGCACGUUGAUGGAGAAAGUCACGUUGACGUCUCUCUGGGCGGAGUGUAAACGGAAGAGCGAGUUUGAACGGCGCCUAAAAGAAGUGGAGAGUUUCAAUGCGAACAAUCGCUGGAAGAAACGUGGUCUGUCCAUGACUGCCUCGAAAUACGGCGUAGGAUUCUCGGCAGUCUUUCUGAAUCAGGGUGCCGCUCUCGUGAACAUCUACAUGGACGGCAGCGUGCUCGUGGCGCACGGGGGAAUAGAGAUGGGACAGGGACUACACACCAAACUAAUACAGAUCGCAUCUCGUGUGCUUGGUGUUCCGCGAGAGAAGAUAUUCACGAACGAGACCUCGUCAAGGGAGAUACCCAACGCCACUGUCACAGCCGGAAGUAUGGGAACGGACACGUAUGGGCCCGCAGUCAGGAUAGCCUGCGAAACUUUGGUGGAAAGACUGAAGCCACUUCGGGAGCAGAUGCAGGGAGCACCUUGGGAAAAACUGAUUAUCGCUGCGUUCUUCCAACGCAUACAGCUAUCGGCAACCGGAUUUUGGAAAUCGCCCAUGACAGAAAAUUUCCACGCGGAGACGAAGUCGGGACGGCCCCACAACUUCUAUACGUACGGGACCGCGUGUACCGAGGUGGAAAUAGACGUGCUCACGGGGGAAAGUCAGGUGGUCCGUGCAGACCUGUUCGUGGACAUUGGGCGGAGUUUGAACCCAGCAGUGGACAUUGGUCAGAUAGAGGGCGCCUUUGUCCAGGGCCUGGGCAUGGUGACGAGCGAGGACAUGUGGGUUGACGAAAACGGGGACAUUAUCAAUAACACGCCACUCAAGUACAAGAUCCCCAACGUCUCCAGCAUACCCAGGACGUUAAACGUCACGUUAAUGAAAAACUUCGACGUAGACACGCACGUCUACUCGUCCAAGAGUGCCGGAGAGCCGCCGCUGAUUCUCGCCAUGUCGGUUAUAUCCGCCAUCAAACACGCCAUUGCGUCGGCGCGCGAGCAGCGCGGGGAGACAGGCUACUUCCGGUUGGACUCGCCGGCAACGGUCCAGCGCAUCCAGACAGCAUGUGGGCGCCAGAUCAUCAAAUGAAACCUUUCGGCGCCUUAUCGGUGUAGAAUAUUGUCAAACGCUUCAUUUGCAUGUUCUUGAACGUCAUUUUAAAGAAUUGCUUUAUACACUGUUAGUUAUAGAAACAUGUAUGACGUCAUAUUUAUAGUUGGAGUAGGUAUUUUAUUGUUACUUUUCUAGAUGUCUAUGUAAAUAGAUAAAAAUGACAAAGCAGUUACCCAUCAAUUAGUGAUUAAAAUAACCGCGAUUUAGUAUCAGAAUAUGAACGUCGAGGUUUUAAACUCUUUGAUUCAUCAGAUUAAAUGUGGACAAAGCAUUAGGUAACUGUAUCCCAUAAUAUUUUGGAGUUCAUCUGGUUUUUGUAGCGAGCAGAACCGAAAACAUCGAACAUUUGAACAAUAUUAAACAUUAAAAUGAGAGCAAGUGUUAUGUAUAAUAAAACAAGAGGGCCUGAAAAGCCCAAAGUCGCUCACCUGAGAUAACAAGAUAUUAUUGGGACAAAUCAUCUGACCAAAUUCAUGAAGAUCGGAAAAUAAAUGUGGCCUCUAGAGUGUUAACAAGGUUUUACUAUAGCCAUAUAAGGAAAAAUGACCCGCCCCCUGGCAGCCAUGUUUUUCAACCAACCGGCAUCAUUUUUAACUCGUCCAAGAUAUUAUCGGGAUGAAUCUUCUGACCAAGUUUCAUGAAGAUCGGACAGUAAAUGUGGCCUCUAGAGUGUUAACACGAUUUUACUAUAGCCAUAUAAGGAAAAUUGCCCCGCCCCUUGGAAGCCAUGUUUUUCAAGCAAACAUAAUUAUUUUCAAAUUCACCGAAGAUAUCAUUGAGACCAAUCUUCUGACCAAAUUUCAUGAAGAUUGGAAAAUAAAUGUGGCCUCUAAAGUGUUAACAAGGUUUUACUAUAGCCAUAUAAGGAAAAAUGCCCCGCCCCUGGUGGCCAUGUUUUUAAAGCAACCUAAACCAUUUUCGAACUCAUCCAAAAUAUAAUUCGUCUUUUAUUCCAUCAAAUAGUAUUGAGCACUGUUCAGUGUAUAGAUAUCCAAACUAUUCUCAGAAACUUCGAAAAGACUCAUAGACACAGAAUAAGGCUCGGUUACUAUUACACAUUAAAUUUCACCUUGCAGAAUUUCAGGGUCAGUAAUCUGUCAGUUAAUCGUCAGGGGAAUACAUAAUGGACUACCGUUAAGGGCCUUAUGAUGAUAACACAGAAUUGCUUUCAAGAUAUUCGAAAACAUAAAUGAUUGAGAAAGAAAUGAAUGAAAUGAGAAAAAAACUGCCAAAAUACUAAGGGGGAAAUCGUUGAAUUAUCCAACCACACAUGUAUGACGUUCAUUUUUAAACUUUUAAAGUUGAUAAAAUAAUUGAUUUACGAUGGAUAAGGGAUAAACAAGUGAUGCACGUAUAGCACUAUUAAAUUUUUAAUUUAAUUAAUCAAUAUGCAAUUACCGGCGUAUAUAGAAUUGUUUAUUUUCAACUAUCAUAUUUGAAAUUAACGCUGUAUAUCGUGUUUAAUAUAUUUAUUGUUUUAGCUGAAACUGAGUAUAUACGUUUUUAUUACUUUUUAAAAGAUAUAAAACGUUGAUUAAUAAAAACUAUAAUACAAGUUCAGAAGAAGUAGCAUUAGAAAAAUAAAGGCAAAAAAAGUUGUAUUUAAUAGUAAAUAUUUUUCUGAUGAACAGCUAAAAACUCCUUCAUGUACAAAAGUUAUGUACUCCGUUUAGAAAUCCCAAUCAGUCUGUGCAGAUUCGUUCAUUCCACACAACAACACAGUUAAGAGUCUAUGUGUCUGUAUCGCUGUUAUAUUGCUCAUUAUAAAUUUUACUGAAGUAAACAAUUAUUGAUUUAAUGUACCAUAUACACAUUGUUGAUGAAUUUUUUAACAUUCCACAGUCAUAGUCAUGUGUUGGAUUUACAAUGAUAUAAUAUAAUAUUGACAUUGAAAUCAUAAAUACUAGCUUUAAGUAAAA